CCCAUUGGAAGAACCAAACCAAGCUUUGGGAUUUUGGAAUAAAUAAAUAAUUUACAUAUUAAAAAGUUGAAAAGAAAAGAAAAAGGUCAAUUGAUGAUUCCAAUGAGCCAUGUAGACAAGGUUGGCCAGUAAUAUUUUAUGUUCAUAUGUCGUCAAAAACCCACUGUAUUGUCCACUUUUCCACUUAGUCAAACGUGACUUGUAAAUGGGUUGCUCAAAAACCUUUUUUUUUUUCUUUUCACUUUUUCAAGUUAAGUUUUGAAAAUUGGGCUGCUUUGAACUUGGAGAAAGGGCAGUGGUCUCCUCCCUAAAGUUGUUGGAAACCAAUGAGUGAUUCACGUUUUAGAUCAAAUCGAGACCAGAGAAGCGUAGAGAUAAGGAGGAGUUCAUAGAUGGAAUAACUCAAAAGCAAUAGAAUGGCAAGCUGUGCGGUUGAAGGAGGCUGUCCCAGCGACUACAUAGCCAUUGUUAUAUCGACCCUUUGCAUGAUUCUGCUUCUGUCUCGAUUAAUUGUUCCCUUUGCUGUUCACAAGAUUCCUCGUUCGAAAGGCAGUGGAUUCUGGAUUCCAACCAUUCAAGUUUUUGCUAGCUUUAAUCUUAUAUUGUCAAUAGUGCUUUCAGACAGCUUUCUGAGAUACAAGAAGAGAUAUUGGUGGCAAUCUUGCUAUGUCUGGGCAGUCUGGAUUGAGGGUCUAUUUGGUUUUGGUUUGUUGCUGAGUUGUCGCAUAACACAGGCCUUCCAAUUAUAUUACAUUUUUGUCAAGAGGUGUCUACCACCUAUCAGAUCUUAUAAUUUCCUUCCACUAAUUCUGUUGCCAUGGAUUGCUGGCGCUGCAUUUAUGCAUAUCAGAAAACCUUUGAAUGAUCGGUGCCACAUGGGAUUUCAAUGGAUAGUUCCAGUUGCGUCACUCCACGCUCUAUACGUUAUUGCUUUGGUUGGCUUCACUGGAGCCAUCCGACAUAUCGAGUUCAGGUUUGAUGAACUCAAAGAUCUCUGGAAUGGAAUACUUGUUUCAGCCUCUUCCAUCGGAGUUUGGGUUGCUGCUUACAUUCUAAAUGAAAUUCAUGAUGAUAUCUCAUGGCUUCAAGUUGCUUCCAGAUUCCUUCUACUGGUUACGGCAGGUAUUCUUGUAUUGACUUUGUUCUCUAUAUCUAGCUCACAACCUCUGCUCUCACAAAUCAGCUUAAGAAGGAGGGAACCCCUAGAAUUUGAUUCAAUGGGCAAAGCUCUGGGCAUACCUGACAGUGGGCUACUGUUGCAAAGGGAACUGAGUGCAGUAAUAAAUCCUUCCGAGCCACUAGACGAACUUCUUCUUAACAAAAGGUUCCGCCAUUCCUUCAUGGCAUUUGCAGACAGUUGUUUGGCAGGGGAGAGUGUGCAUUUUUACGAUGAGGUACAUGAACUAGGUAAAAUACCUGUAGAGGACCCUGUUAGAAGGAUUUACAUGGCAAGACAUAUUAUUGAAAAGUACAUAAAACCAGGAGCAACAAUGGAGGUUAACAUAUCCCAUCGAUGUCGACAAGAAAUUUUGACUACGUCCAAUCUGGCAGAUCCACAUCUUUUUGGCAAUGCAUUAAAUGAGCUAAUACAAUUGAUGAAAAUGAACUUGGGAAAAGAUUACUGGUCAUCAAUGUUCUUCAUGAAGUUCAAAGAAGAAACUAGCAUGAGAUCAAAUGACCGCGAUUUAGAGCAGAUGACAGGAUGGAGCUACUCUCCCAGGUUGAGUGCAGUGCAUGGAGUUGAUGACCCCUUCCAUCAAGAACAUUUGUCAAAGGGCUCUAGUUGUGAUACUUAUCAUUGACACCAAAAAUCAUGAGUUCCUAUGAUCAAAGCUCACCUGAAUUUCUCUAUUUGGCUUCAUAACAUGGAUUGAUGCAACAACAGGAGCAACUGAAGCAAACAGGUGAAAAAGAAGUUUAAACAAGGAUUAAUGCUAAGAAAGGAGACUGAACUCAACCCUGCAACCAAGAAGAGGAAGAAGAAGAAAAUGUUUUUAUGUAUAAAAACUGUGCAGACAUGAUUAUUUAACAUUGAUUACUUGAUUAUACAGCUUAAGGCCACUUGAACUGUAUUAAACUAUACAUCUAUGACCAUGCUCACAUAUAUAAUAGCACUUGGCCUGAUGGUCUCUGUUGGGUAUUAAA